GAACUCCAGUUUUUUAGCGGGCGGAGACAGAGGGAGCUGCCUUGCAGCCAACGCUGAGGGUAAAAUCACCCAGAGGCUGCUUAGUGCUGAACGAAGUCUAGCUGCUUUCUAGCUGCCUUUCACUCACCAAGGACUUUUUAAAACGGGCUAAACGGCGCAGUGAGGAAUGAAUUUGCAAUGAAAGACUCGGGAGAACCUCUGGGGCUUUUUCCGGGGCGCUUCCAGCCUCCUGGGGGAUAAAAAGGAUCGCUGUGAAUCCCUGACUUCCCUGGAGGAGCAGUCAUGGCCCAUCUGCAGCACACCGACCUGUCAUAUGCGUGGGAAAAGUACAUGGACUGCAGGCUGCAGGGAGCUGAUCUGCAGAUCAGCCUUCAGAGUCUGGAGAAUUUCCUCUGUCUCUUCCACUACGUGCAGCACCACCCCGAUAGCGGCACCAAAGAUGCACUAAAAUUCUGCUCAGACAUGAGUGGAGCCAGUAACACACUGGCCAGGGAAUUUCUGACUGAUGUUCACCAGCUAUGCAGUGCAGUGGCCCAGAGAGCUGAGGCACGGGAUGAAGAUGAGGAGGAGAGUCACAUGGUGGCGCUGGGCGAGUACCUGGUCAGGGGACGGGGCUUCUUGUUGCUUAGCACCCUGGAUGCUAUCAUUGAUCAGGAGCUGACUUGUCGAGAAGAGCUGCUAACUCUGCUGCUGUCGCUGCUUCCUCUGGUCUGGAAGAUUCCUGUUCAAGAGGAAAAAGCCCCAGAUUUCACCCUGCCAUCCCUAAUUGAAGUAUUCCUUAGCCGGGAGGUUAAGGCUGUUCCACUCAGGACAGGCCAGAAGGCUGCAACAGAUGAGCAGAGCUCUGGAAAGAGGUCCCGUGUUGGCAGCGGAACCUUGAAGUCACGGAGAUCACGCAGGACGUUGCAGAGAUAUUCUGUGAAAGAUGCUCGCAAGUCCCAAGUCUCCACUUCAGAUUCAGACGCCAACUCUGAUGACAGAACGGUUGGGGGCUCAAGUGGGGUGAGGAGCCGGAGACCACACGGGUCCACCGUCCAGGUGAGCUGUCAGUAUCAUCGCUCUGAGGCCUCGCACUUGACAUCUACCGCCACCAACACUACAGAAACCAUGAGUGCACCGUAUCCCCACCCAAGAGCCCCUGGAUCUCAGAUGGUUGACAAUGAAACCUUGACUGACCCGGCUGCAAUAUCCAUUUUCAACCGCAUGGAGAACUCGCCCUUUGAUCUGUGUCACGUGUUGCUUUCUCUGUUAGAGAAGGUAUGCAAGUUUGACAUGAACAUAAGUCACAACCCCGGUCUGGCCAUCAGUGUCGUACCAACGCUCACAGAGAUCUUGACGGAGUUUGGGGACUGCUGUGGUCCAGGGGGGGGACGGGGAGUUGGGGCUGAAGAACUUGCUGGAGGAUGGACAGAGGAGCCGAUUGCACUGGUUCAAAGAAUGCUACUACGCACCAUCUUGCACUUGAUGUCUGUGGAUAUAAGUCAAAGUGACAAACUUCCAGACAGCCUGAGAAGAAGUUUAACAGACUUGCUGCGAGCAACCCUCAAAAUCCAAAGCUGUUUGGAGAGACAGAAUAACCCUUUUGCCCCACGUCAAAAAAAGACUUUGCAGGAGGUCCAGGAUGAUUUUUCCUUUUCCUGUUAUCGCCAUAGAGUUCUGCUGCUUCCUGAGCUUUUAGAAGGAGUACUACAAGUUCUUCUGAGUUGCCUCCAGGCUUCAACAUCCAACCCCUUUUUCUUUAGCCAGGCUCUUGAGCUCAUUCAUGAAUUUGUCCAGCACCGUGGCCUUGACCUCUUUGAGGCCACAGUUCUCCGGUUGGAAGGACUCAGCAGGACAAGUUCUGACGUAGGCAGAGAAGCUUCAGAGCGGUUACGGGCUCUCAUUGCAGGCGUCUUCAAAAUAAUCAGUGCUAUCAAGAAAGCAAAGUCAGAGCAGCUUCACCAGUCAGUUUGCGCGCGUCGCCGGCACCGUCGCUGCGAGUAUUCCCAUUUCCUGCAUCACCACAGAGACCUGUCAGGACUGCCUGUCUCUGCCUUCAUGCAAACAGCCAGACGCAACCCCUUUGAGGAGGAUGGGGAGAGCUCAGAAGGAACUGAGGGGGAUACCGUGCGUUACCCGGAGAGAUGCUGCUGCCUAGCUGCCUUCGCCCACCAGUGCUUGCGGCUCCUGCGGCGCCUCUCGCCCAGUGGGCCAUCUGUGCUCCAGGUAUUAGCUGGGAUUCAAGCCGUGGGAAUCUGCUGUUGUAUGGACCCUCGCUCAGUAGUAGGACCUCUUUUACAUGCUUUCCAAGCUCCAGGUCUUCGUAGUUACCAGUCCCAUGUGCUGUGUGUCCUCUGUCGGCUCAUUUUAGACCAGCUCGGUGGGGGUCAGCCUUCAGAAAAAGCUAAACUGGCCUCUUGUAAUAUCUGUACUCUGGACAGCAGCCAACUUCCAAGUCUGGAGGAGACAUUGCAACAAGGAGAACCUUCAACUGUUUCUAGCAGUUUUUGUUACCGCUCCCAAGGCAUCCUGCCUAGUGGAGGGGGGGCUGAGGACAUGCUGUGGAAGUGGGAUGCCCUAGAGGCCUACCAGGAGCUAGUAUUUGGGGAGGACUGGCAGCUGAGCCAGCAGAUAGCUGGCCAUGUGUGCCAUCUAACACUACGGGGCAAUGCUAUAGUGCAGUGGCAACUUUACACGCACAUUUUCAACCCUGUUCUGCAAAGAGGGGUUGAGGUGGUUCACCAUGCCCAGCAGCUGGGGGUUUCUACCGUCUGCACUCAGGUCUGCAGCUACCACACACAGUGCCUGCCUGUGGAGGUCCUACUCAUCUACCUGCAAACAUUACCAGCACUUCUCCGAUCAAGAGUUGUCAGAGACCUUUUCAUCAGUUGUAAUGGCCUUAAUCAGGUGACGGAGCUCGUCUACCUUGACCAGACUCGCUCUUUGGCUUUGAAAGUGUUUGAAACUCUGAUAAUAGGAACUGGACAUCAGCAGGGUGAUGGGCUUCUUCAUGAACUAGAGAGUGCUGACGCCAAAGAAAGGGAGGCUAUCCUAGGCCUGGCUGAGGAACUGGGGUCCCGGGGGGUCGGGGAAGGCCCACAGAGCCUCAGCAAGUUCUAUGAAGGCCUAAAGGAGGCGUAUCCACGUCAAAAAAGCCGUACUGGACAGAACCACGGAAGAAGUAGAACUGAGACCCACCUACACGUCAUCAACCUUUUCCUUUGUGUGGCCUUCCUCUGUGUCAGCAAAGAGGCCGAUUCUGAUCGGGAUUCUGCCAAUGACUCCGAAGACACUUCAGGUUAUGACAGUACAGCAAGUGAACCUCUUGGAGGACGCCUGCCUUAUCUGUCUCCAGACAGUGUUGCUUUGCCCUCUAAAGAACAGCUGCGGCGUGCUGCAGACGUCUGGUCCGUGUGUCGCUUCAUCUACAUGGCCAGCCCUCUCUUCCAAAGGCAGUUCUUUAGACUUGGUGGAUUGGACGUGUGCUUGCGCCUCAUGGCAAUGGUUAUCCAAAAACUCUAUUGUAAGACCAAAGAUGGGAAAGCAAAGAAGAAGAGAGAGGGUAAAGGGAAAGGCAGCCCAGACUCUACAGCUCAGGUUGCUUCUCUAGGAUCUGAAGAUCCCUCCUGUGAGUCAGGAGAUUUCCAGAGUGUGGCUCCGACUGAGGGGAAGACCAAAGAUCCAGGGAAAAGGAUGGAUGACCAGUGGCAACUUCAAAGUAUCCGUCUUCUUGAGGCCUUGCUGGCCAUUUGUCUGCACAGCUCUAACUCGGCCAUGCAGAGAAUAGAACCGGAGCUUUCUUAUCAGCUUCAAUCUGUUGAGGAGACCCUGUUCGAGGUGAGGGACCAGCUGUCACGUUCAGGAGUGGUGAACUCUGACCUCGCCGUGCCCCUGUUCGACUCUCUGCUGAGAGUUGCCUUGGCUCAGGUGUCUUCAUGCACCGAUACAUCCGAGGAGAAACCAGAGAGGAAGCUCCAGGUGUUUGCUGAGGGGGCGGCUCCAGCAGGAGAUCUGUCCGAGGAGGUGGAUGAGGUGCAGAGCUGCAGCGUCAGGCUCCCGGGGGAGGAGGAGGGCUACGACGCCGAUAGCGAAAGCAACCCGGAGACCAUGAAGCAGCAGGAAGAGGGAGGAAAGCUGGAGCCUGCUGGUUUACGUGAGUUUGCAGCGACAGCGGAGGAUGGGCCGGAGCGCGGCAUGCUGCUGUUCCCUGAGAUUUGCACGAUGGAGCUGCAGCUUCUUGCCUCUGGCUCCCCGGACUUGGAGGUUCUCGGUCAUGUGUUUCACAGCCUACUGGGCGCCGUUCACGCCAACCGCCACAAUGCCGCCUUACUCUAUGAGCAGGGAGGAGUCAAAACCAUCCUUUGCAGCUUUCACAACAUCCUCAGUCAAACAGACCCCUCCUUUAAAGAUUGCCAGACCGUCUUGGUUGAGCUGCUGGUUGCCAUGGUGAGCCAGCGCAUUACGGCAGAGGAGCUGGCACUAUUGAUCCGCCUCUUCCUGGAGAAAACCCCACCCACAGCUGUAUUACUGAAUGGUAUCUUACAAAUUGUUGAAGCCAACAUGGACAUGGAGCCUCUCCACUUCCUGACUUUUCCAAUACUCCAUGGGGUUUCAACACCCGCCGGCUCAUCCCCUGGCUCCAGGCAGGUCAGUGCUGCCGGAGGCAAAGGCGUCAAUCUGCUGUGGAAGGGUAAACUUUCUCCUGGUCGCAGGGAAGGGGAACCAGACUACCAUCCGGGCCACCUUUGGUCUUCUCCAUGGCACAUGGCGCCUCUCCACCUUCCUCUAGUGGGGCAGAACUGCUGGCCCCACAUGGCCCCCGGCUUCAGUGCCUCAAUGUGGCUACGGGUGCCUGAGCUCGCAGAGAAGAGUGCGGACAACGAAGAAGACAUCCGCCCUGCAUCAGAGUCCCAUCCCGUUUUGUCUCAGACUGGAACAAAAUCAACAGAAGAAAGCCUUGUUCAUAUUCUCUCCAUGGGCUCCAAGGCACUGAUGCUCCAAGUGUGGGCAGACCUCUCUAAAUGCUCUCUGACAUUCAGGAUUUGUAUUGACCCAAAUGACGAGAUAAAGGCAGGACUGUUGGCACAGGCAGAGUCAGGAGAGGGACUGUUCAAACGAGGGCAAUGGCAGCACCUGGGCCUCACUUACAGCCAGCAGCCAGAGGGCAAGAAGAACAUCCACAGCCGUGUCGUCGUGUGGGUGUGUGGCAUCUGGAAAUGUGAGGUUUUUCUGGACUACACUUUGCCUCGUAAGUCCAGUUUAUCGUCUGACAGUAACAAAACCUUCUGCAUGUUGGGCCAUUGCACCGUAUCAUCUGAGGAACUGGUGAAGCCGACAGGACGGUGGUCCAUGGGCACUGUGCUUCUCUUUAAUGGGUCCAGAAUCGGAUCGGAGGAGGCUUUCUUCCUCUACUCCAGUGGACCAGACCUCACGUCAAUCAUGCCUUGUAAAUACGGCAAGUCGAGUGGAUCAAUAUCCAAGUUCGUCUCCCAAGAAGGCCUUAGGUGUGAACAUGUCAGAGAGAUCCUGAUGAAGAACAAGGACAUCGACACAACAGCGUUGGUUGAAAGCUUGGCAAUAGUCUAUACCCCCAGCAGCCCAAGAGUCUACACAAUAUAUGAGCCUGUGAUCAGACUGAAAGGUCAGGCCAAGACGGUGGUCACCCAGCGGCCCUUCAGCUCCAAAGAGGUGCAAAGCAUCUCCCUGGACGCAAACGCCUUUAGAUCUCUGCUUCCUACUGAAACCCACGGCCUGCAGAGUGUCCUCCACAAGAUCGGAGGAACGGGGAACUUUGUCUUCCUCUUUGCACAGACGGUGGAGCUGAGUGACUGCGAGAAGACCCAGGCUCUGGCCCUGCGAGUGCUGCUGUCUCUCUGCAAGCACAACCAACACCGCAUCCAUGAGAUGGACUGUUACCAUGGUUACUCCAUGAUCCAUCAGGUUCUCAUCAAAUCCAAAUGCAUCGUGGGAUAUCAUAUGCUGAAAACUCUUCUGGAUGGUUGUUGCAGUGGAUCGGUUCUCCUCCUUGGGGACGAUGGUCAGUUUCGAUUUGACACCGAGUCUGCGGCUGUGGUUCAGGAUACGAGGCUCCUCUCACAUAUUCUGCUGGAUUGGAAGAUUUGGGCCAAGGCUGAGUUUGGCGUUUGGGAAGCACUACUUGCUGCUUUAGAGAUCCUCAUCAGGGUGCAUCACCCAUAUCAGGUCUACAACAUCCGCCAGUUCCUGAACGCUGAAAUCGUGCAUCGUUUCCUGCUCACCUGCCAGGUGUUACAGGAGCACCGGGAUGACCAUCUGAAAGCCAUCCCACAGGACGUGUGUUUGUCCUUCAUCAAAAUCAUUCAGGAGGUACUGGGCUCUCCUCCAGACAUGGAUCUACUGAAGCUCAUCUGUAACUUCCUGCUGGCCGUUCACCCGCCCACCAACACCUAUGUCUGCCACACCCCAUCCAGCUUCUACUUCUCUUUGCACAUUGAUGGGAAGCUCUACCAGGAAAAGGUGCAGUCCAUUAUGUACUUAAGACGCUCCAACAGCGGAGGGAAGUCUGCCAGCAGCUCGGUCAUGUCGCUCUCCCCGACGGUUUUCACCGAUGGUCCCCAUGAAGGCCAUCUCCACGCUCCUUCUCCUGAACACGGCGGCGAUGAUCAGUCCUUACGGCCCCCCAGCUUUGGUCUUUCUCCUUACUCCUCACCUCUGGCGACUCCUCGACUCGGCCACGGCAGCUCCAGUGAAGCGACCGAAGGAGACAACGGCUCCUUCACCUCUCAGCAAGCGCUCGGCAGCACAGAGACGCUCAAGAAGAUCGGAGGGGACGAGCAGCUCCUGAGCAGCUGCGAAUCGGCCAAGACGAUCUGUGACUCCAAGGAGAUGGAGGAGGGUUCUGCUCCUCGCACCCCAUCCAUCAGCGUGGAGGAGGAGCGGGACGAAGCAGCAGAGGUUGACAGCUUGGCAGAGGGCAGCGUGGGGGUGGUAGAGUCUGAGGAGUGGGCUGGCGAGGAGGCGCCGCGCCGCCCUGACAGUCUUAAGGGAAUCCAGUCCUUCCAGAGGAGCCACAGCAACCUGACCAGUCUGGGUCUGGCCUUCCCAUUCCCUAACGGUUCUCUGGCAGUCGCCCGCUGGCCCAGCGCAGCAGACCGAGCAUCCAUGCCUGAAGACUGGGAGAGCUACACCUACUCUCCCGGCUCUGACAGAACUCACAGCAAGACUGAGCCCAACGACAGGUCCAGCACAGAGGAUUGCUUGGUGCUGAUCUGCUGUGGACUCUAUGACCUUCUGAGGGGCGUCCUGCUGCUGCUGCCUGACCUCAUGCUGGAGGAGGUAAUGGACAAACUCAUCCAACCAGAGGCUCUCAUCGUCUUAGUCAAUCAUCCCUCACCUCUCGUCCAGCAAGGAGUCAUGAAGCUACUAGACGCCUAUUUCAGCAGAGCGCUCAAAGAACAGAAGGAGAAGUUCCUGAAGAACCAUGGCUUCUCCCUGCUGGCCAACCAGCUGUACAUCCACCAGGGGAGCCAGGGGCUUCUGGAAUGCUUCCUGGAGAUGCUGUUUGGACGACCCAUGGGUUUAGAGGAAGAUCUUGACCUGGAGGAAAUGGAAAAUAUCUCACCUUUCAGAAGGCGCUGCAUCAUCCCAGUGUUGGGUCUUAUUGAAAACUCGCUGUAUGAGAACUCCUUGGUGCACAACAUCCUUUGUAUGCUGCUGCAGCUCGUCAAUGCCUGCCCCAAGCUGGCAGACAUCCUGCUGGAUCACGGGCUGCUCUACGUGCUCUUUAACACCCUAUCGACCCUUAACGGCAUGGAGAAUGGUAUUCCCCUGAAUGAUUACAAGCUCCUGGUGUGUGACAUCCAGCAGAUGUUAGUCGCUGUGACUAUCCACUCCUGCAGCUCUUCUGGGUCUCAGUACUUCCGCAUCAUAGAAGACCUCAUUACGCUGCUGGGUUUCAUGCAAACCAGCAAGAUGAGACGCACGCAGGAAAUGGCUGUGGCCCUGCAGUUCAGAGUCCUCCAGUCGGCCAUCGAGUUCAUAAAGACGACGGCCAACCAGGAGCCUGCGAAGCUGAGCAGUGCCGUCAACACACCCACCUCUCCGCAUCACGCCAAAUAUCAGAAGCGAAGGAGCAUUGCAGGCCGGCGUCGGUUCUCUCUGGCCCAGACUGACUCCCUCCUGAUGCGGAUGCGCUCCGUAGCCAGCGAUGAGCUCCACCAGAUGAUGCAGAGGAGGAUGAGCCAGGAGAACCCGAUCCGAGCAAGUGAGACCGAGUUUGUCCAACGCCUGCAGAGGCUUGUGGUUCUCGCUGUCAACAGGCUGAUCUACAACGAUGUGAGUGAGGACUUGUUCGACCUGCUGAACAUCCCAGACUCCCCAGACCAUCACAUCUUCACGCCAGAGCCAGGCGAUCAAGCCCACGACGACAGCAGCUCGUCCUCCAUCCCUCACUCUCCGAUCCCUUUUAUUCUUCCCCAUGCGAGCAAGAAGAGUUUUCAGAAGGACAUCCUGAAGCUGAUGACGGAUGGGAUCAAAAUCAGUCUGGGCAGCACUGGUCGGGGUGGAGCGCCAAAUCACCAGUGGCGGAGGAUCCUCUGGUCCUGCAGGGACACAUUCAGGGUGCAAAUCGGCCGUCUGCUGGUGCACACGCUCAGCCCAUCACUUCCACUACAGGACCGAAAAGAGGCGCUUGACUUUGUUUUUGAUCACAAGCAUAUCGAUAUCCUGAAGGAGAGCCUCAGCCCCGGACUAGAGCACGGACCAAAACUGUCACUAUACCUGUACGAGAUGUUGCACGAUCACAAAGACGAGCUCACUAAAGAAGAGCAAAGUGCAGUGGGUGUCUUCAUGACCUCGCUUAAGCUCUGCGGCCAUCGCUGCAUCCCGCCCAACGCUCCACACAAACACGAUCUGCUCAAAGCUAUAAAGGAGGAAAAACUCAAGUAUGAAGCGGAAGAGAAAACGAGUAAAGCUGCGUGGGAAAAGAAAAUGGCUCACGCACAGAAGAAUCUAAUCCAGAGGCUUGAUGGAAAAUCCAAGGAUAUUUCCAAGAUUGCGGCUGAUAUUACUCAGAAUGUGUCUCUGCGGCAAGGCAUGGAGAGGAAAAAGGUCAUCCAGCACAUCAGGGGUCUGUACAAGACGGAGCUGAGCGCCAGCCGCCACUGGCAGGAGCUGGUUCAGCAACUCACACACGAUCGGGCUGUUUGGUACGACCAGACGUCCUACCCAACGUCAUGGCAGCUGGAUCCCACUGAAGGCCCAAACCGAGAGAGGCGGCGGCUGCAGAGGUGCUACCUCACCAUCCCAAACAAAUACCUGCUCAAAGACAGACGGAAACCUGAAGACGCAGUGAAGCCGCCUCUGUCCUUCCUAUUUGAGGAUAAGACUCACUCCUUCUUCUCCUCCACUGUGAAAGACAAAGCCACCAGCGAGUCCAUCAGGUUCACCAGACGGUGCACCAGUGUCGCCCCCUCCAGAGAGACGGCAGGAGAGUUGCUGCUGGGAAAGUCAGGGAUGUACUUUGUGGAGGACAACGCCGCUGAUGCUCGCGACAGCCAGAUUCUUCAGGGAGAGACGGAGGCGCCAUCUUUCUCCUGGACGUACGAGGAAAUCAAGGAGGUGCACAAGAGAUGGUGGCAGCUGAGAGACAACGCACUGGAGAUAUUUCUGACGAACGGCAGGACGUUGCUGUUAGCCUUCGACAACACCAAGUUCCGAGACGACGUCUACCACAACAUCCUGACCUCUGACCUUCCCAACCUGUUGGAGCAUGGGAACAUCUCAGCACUCACCCAACUGUGGGGCUCCGGUCAGAUCACAAACUUUGAGUACCUCACCCAUCUCAACAAGCACGCCGGCCGCUCCUUCAACGACCUCAUGCAGUACCCGGUGUUCCCCUUCAUCCUGAGCGACUACAGCAGCGAGACCAUCGACCUGCAGGACACAAACAUCUACAGGAAUUUAAGCAAACCCAUUGCAGUUCAAUCGAAAGAAAAAGAGGACCGAUACGUCGAUAAUUACAAGUAUCUGGAGGAGGAGUACAAAAAGGGAAUCCGUGAGGACGACCCCAUGCCUCCGGUGCAGCCUUACCACUACGGCUCGCACUAUUCCAACAGUGGCACGGUUCUGCACUUCCUGGUCCGAAUGCCCCCGUUCACCAAGAUGUUUCUCGCCUACCAGGACCAGAGCUUUGAUAUCCCGGACCGGACGUUUCACUCGAUGAACACCACGUGGCGCCUGUCCUCCUACGAGUCCAUGACUGACGUGAAGGAGCUCAUCCCAGAGUUUUUCUACCUCCCAGAAUUCCUGGUCAACAGAGAAGGUUUUGAUUUCGGGGUUCGUCAGAACGGCGAUCGGGUGAACCAUGUGAAUUUACCACCAUGGGCGCGCAAUGACCCUCGUCUGUUCAUCCUGAUUCACCGCCAAGCCCUGGAGUCUGAGCACGUCUCCCAAACACUCUGUCAGUGGAUCGACCUGGUGUUCGGACUCAAGCAGAAAGGCAAAGCGGCAGUCCAGGCCAUCAACGUCUUCCACCCAGCUACUUAUUUUGGCAUGGAUGUAUCCGCUGUAGAAGACCCAGUUCAGCGUCGUGCUCUGGAGACGAUGAUCAAAACAUACGGCCAGACACCCAGGCAGCUCUUCAACGCCACUCACAUCAGCAGGACUGCCCCGAAACUCUUGAUGGAGGGUGAGCUCCCAGCAGCCAUGGGGCUCCUGGUGCAGCUCGCUUUCAGAGAAACACGGGAACAGCCAAAGGAAAUCGUCUGCCCGAGCCCACUGCCCUGGAUCAAAGGCCUAAAGUGGGGUGAGUACGUAGGCUCUCCCUCUGCGCCCGACCCGGUGGUAUGCUUCAGUCAGCCGCAUGGGGAAAGGUUCGGAUCCCUGCUGGCCCUGCCGACUCGAGCAAUCUGUGGUCUGUCCCGCAACUUCUGCCUCAUGAUGAUCUACAGCAAAGAGCAGGGUGUGAGGAGCAUGCACAGCACAGACAUCCAGUGGUCGGCUAUCUUGAGCUGGGGAUACGCGGACAACAUAUUAAGGCUUAAGAGCAAGCAGAGCGAACCGCCCAUCAACUUCAUCCAGUGUUCACAACUUCACCAGGUGACCAGCUGUGCCUGGGUGCCCGAUGGCUGCCAGCUAUUUACGGGUAGCAAGUGUGGAGUCAUCACCGCCUACAGCAACCGCUUCACCAGCACCACACCUUCAGAGAUAGAGGUGGAGUCUCAGGUUCAUCUAUAUGGGCACACAGGGGAAGUCACCAGCCUGUUUGUCUGCAAACCCUACAAGGCUUUAAAGCUGUUGUGGAGCACAUGGGAUUUAAAACCAGUCAGAGAGAUCACCUUCCCGAAGUCAUUUAAACCCAUCAUCAGCCUGACGUACUCGUGCGACGGCCACCACCUCUACACGGCAAACAGCGAGGGCACGGUGAUGGCGUGGUGUCGACGGGACCAGCAGCGCAUGAAGCUGCCAAUGUUCUACUCCUUCCUGAGCAGCUACGCCGCCGGCUGACAUCGCAUCUGACUUCCUACGCUCCUCUCCUCAGCUCCUCUUCUUCCUCCUCCUCCCUCUGCUCCUGUCUGCUGCACUGAUGGGGAGGAAAAGAAGCCUCAGCAUGGCCUCCUGCUCUGAACCUGCCCUGACUUUUAAUAAUGUCAUCCCCAGCUGAGCAAACUACCACACCCAGCAUUAAGAAGCGAUAAUGAAAACAGUGUUAUAUGUAUAUAGAUAUCUAUAUUUAUAAGGUGAAGUAUUGGAGGAGUGGAUGAAUUUUUGGCUGCAAAAGACACUUUUUCUUUCUGAGCGUUUCUAACAUCCAUCCUAAACUCCUUGACUCCUUCUGUUUUUUGUUUUUUUUUAGCUGAAUCUAUUGCAGUUUUUCCCUGGUAAGCUGCUAAUGUCUGAGCAAAGCCGGAACCAAAAAAAAAAAACAAGUGUAAGGUAGACUCCCGUCUCCCACCUCGGCGGCGCUCGGCUCUCUCACGGCGCCACGGCUGACAGAUUCCUGCCAGAGCUCAGCAAGCAGCGUGUCGUGCUGACGCUGCAGCUCCUGUCACUGCGAGACGCCCCGCUCUGCACGGAGGGGGGGCUGUCGGCCCCGCUCUAGUCUGAGCACCGGUGUCACGGCCCUGCCUCGCUCCGUCUCCCGGCUCUGAAGAGGAACUGCAGGGGAGAUGAGAUGGGAUGAAUUGCACCUUGUGCUGCCUGUUGUUCUGUCCUACUUCUGCAUGCCAGGAUGACGCUGACCUUAACUUUCUGAAUGCGGAUGUGACAUUUACAGUCAUGAGCUCCUCGCCAAACUCAAACCUGGGCUGCAUAUGUCUUCUUGCAUUUACCAAGGCAUAUAUUUAUGUAUUUAUUUCAAGCUGUGGCUCCUGUGUCUCUACUCGCCUUGUCUCAUGGGUUUUCGCUGGAUUUAACCGC